UUGAAAGAUAAAAUAAAUUUUCUUGAGAAAAAAAAGCGAAAGAAAUGUCAGAAAAUUUGAAUAUAUGUAAUAAAAAAAUGAUGGAACGUCUUGCACCAACACCACAGAAUACGCCGGCAGGAAAUAAUAUUUCUAUUAUUUCAGGGUCUAAUGUAUCAUGUGGAUCAGGAGGAGGAGUAGUUUCAUCGUCAAAAGAUGAUCGAGAAGAUCCGCCAGUAUCAGGACGUAGUUCAUUAUCGUGUGGACCAGGCCUAGUAUCUAUGAUUCAGGGGAAAUUAGGGACAUUGGUAGGUCAAUCGUCGGGUUAUAUUGAAUCGUUACCGUUAUCGGUGAGAAUUCGAGUGGAAGGGUUACAAGGUCUUCAAGCAGAGCAUUCUAAGCUUGAAGCGCAAUUUCAGAAUGAAAUAUUAGAAUUGGAGAAAAAGUAUCAUGAACUGUGUUCUCCUUUGUAUCUUAAACGCUCAGCUAUUGUUGCUGGUGCAAUGGAGCCUACAAAUGAAGAGAUUGAAGCAGGUCGUGAAUUUGGAAGAACGUAUGAUACAAAUAAUAAGAAAGGGGAUGUUGAGAAUAAAAAAGGAGGAAUGGAUAAUGAUGUUAAGGGUAUUCCUGAGUUUUGGUUAACAGCAAUGAAGAAUCAUCCAUCAUUAGCGGAAAUUAUUAUGCCAGAGGAUGAGAAGGCAUUAUCUCAUUUGGUAGAUAUUCGGUUAGCGUAUCUUGAUAGACCGGGGUUUAGAUUAGAGUUUUACUUUUCAGAUAAUGAGUUUUUCUCUAAUAAAAUAAUUAAUAAAACGUAUUAUUAUAGAACAGAGUUAGGUUAUGGUGGCGACUUUCUCUAUGAUCAUGCAGAAGGGGAUAAAAUUGAUUGGAAAGCGGGUAAAGAUUUGACAACAAAAAUUGAGAUCAAGAAACAGCGUAAUAAAAAUACAAGGCAAAUGCGUGUUGUGAAAAAGGUUGUUCAAACCGAAAGCUUUUUUAGGUUUUUUAGUCCUCCUGUAAUUUCAGAUAUUCAAAAUGAUGAUGAUGAUUCGGAUAUCGAUAAUCGACUUGAGGCUGAUUAUCAAUAUGGUGAAGAUAUUAAAGAAAAGCUAAUUCCUAGAGCAAUUGAUUGGUUUACUGGCGUUGCUUUAGCUUAUGAAGAUGAAUAUAGUGACGAUGAUGAUCAAGAUUAUACUGAUGAGGAGGGAAAUGAUGAUGAUGAUGACGAUAAUGAUGAUGACGAUAAUGAUGAUGACGAUGAUGAUGACAAUGAUAAUGACAAUGAUAAUAAUUUAGAUUGCAAAGACGCUAAUAAGCCUAAGCAAGAUCCUGCUGAAUGCCGUCAGUCAUAA